GUCAAUUUUCUCUGUCCCUAAGUCUCAAGCCAUCUUGCCCGUAAGAUGACAAUGCAAAAUUAUUUAGAGGAGAAAAAGCGUAAAGCUGCAAGUUCUGAACGCGUUUACUCAUUCGUUUAUACUUGAUGCUUAAUUACGGAAUGGACGGGAAAAGAUCGAUGAAAAUGGAUCCGUUGUCACCAGGUCCAUGUUUGGACAUCAGCGAUGACGAUCUCGUCUCCAUAUCCGUCCGGGACUUAAAUCGACAAUUGAAACUGCGUGGAUUGUCCCGAGAUGAAAUAGUUCGCAUGAAGCAACGCAGAAGAACUCUAAAAAAUAGGGGGUAUGCUGCAAGCUGCAGGAUUAAGAGGAUCGAGCAAAAGGACGAACUGGAGACAGAGAAGUCACAGGAAUACAGGGACAUGGAGAACAUGCAGGACGACAAUAACAGGAUGAGAGAAGAGGUCGAAUCAACGCACGUCAAAUUUAUGGCCUUGAAAAAAUUUGCAAUGGAACAGAAUAUUCCCAUUCCGCCUGAAUUGGAGACGCUCUAAACAACUCGAUAAUAAUAUUAAGUUAUUUUCAAUAAUCAUCGCAAUCGUUGCAUUUGCAUUGUCUUCUCUAUGGAGAAAAAAUCUACCCAUUGAUUAACUAUUCAAUGAGAAACAGAAGUAUUCUUAAUAUUAAACGGUGCUGGGGAGGAGUUCAUUAGCUAUCACUU